AUGGUCGACAGGCCGCCGUCGCCGGCCGAGGAGGGCCAGACGACCCGGCCACGUCCGCACCCUCCUCCACCACCCACCGAUCCCGACCCGGACCAACCACCGGCAAAGAAGAAGAGGACCCGGACACGAACCGGAUGUCUCAAUUGCCGCCGCAAGAAGCGCAAGUGCGACGAGGGGCGGCCGGCGUGCGGAGGCUGCUCUCGCCGCAAGGAAAGGUGCGAAUGGGGCAUCAAAGUCACCUUCCGUGCCGAGAACGCCCAGACGAUCCUGCAAGACCACCCGUCAAUGAGAAAAGCUAGGAGACCACCCCCACGGCGGCAUUUUGAGAUUCUUGAUGUCACAAGCGAGGUCAUUCGGGACUAUCACCUCCCACCAGGCUUUCACGACUACGACUCCGAACCGGAACCAGAACCCUCACCGCUGUCACCACCAGGAGGUGAUGGUGAGGGAGACCGUCGCAAGAGCCUCGAGGAUGAUGAGACCAAGACCUUUGACAGCCCUGUAUCAUAUACGACAUCGACGGCAGGUGGCCAUACGGCUUCCAUCGCGGGCUCGAGUACCGCAAAACGAACGCUGUCUUCCUCAGGGCCUAGUUCUGCACCAACAGAUCCGGUUGCUGUGUCGGGCUUUGGCUCGCUUUUGACGCCAUCAACACGUCGAGAUGACGACACCAGCGACAAGGGGCACGCGCAGACGGGCGACCGCAUGGAUUUCCAGGCGUCGCCCUCAUCUGCAUCGCAGCAGCUGCUCACCGACAAUGCUGUCGCAAACCUGAUAUACCUUAGCCAGGGCGGCGGUGGUGCUGGGCAGGGGCCACACGACCAUCACUCAACAACCACGGUCAGCGGCAUUCCCAUCACAACCCUCGCUCUCGACCCCCUGAUAGACGCGCCCUUCGAGUUUAUGGACCAAAUGUUCACGCCAGAGGGCUCCUACGAAGACGGAAUCUUCUUGCCAGGAUCCGCAUACCACGAACUACACUCAACACUAAGAAACCACCUCAUCCAAGAGGUACGGUCAAAUGGGCCAACAAGACCAGGUUCGCCAGCCUCUGGUCAGAACUCAAGACGAAGAUCCAUCGACGCCAGCUCUGGUGAGAACUCGUCCGCCGAAGCGCCUGAGGCGACUGGAGAAAUAUCUUCGGAUCACGAGCCCCCUUUCCUACCCCUGGAAGAGGAGUGUGCGCUAUGGAAGAACUGGGUGGAUGAGAUCUCACCCUGGCUGGACAAGUUUGACAACCAGCGGCACUUCCAACACUCCUUACCGACCAUGGCUCGAUCACAUGACCACCUGCGCUAUUCAAUGCUUGCCUUGUCUGCCCGGCAACUGGAGCUGAAGAACCGGGACCGGCCGACGGAUCAGAGUCUAGCCCUUUACCAAGAAGCGAUACACCUUUUACUACCACAACUCUCAACUCGGACAACAGCCGUCAUAGCGUCCUGCGUGGUGCUCUGCGUGUUGGAGAUGGCCAGCUGUUCGCCAAAAGCUUGGCGAAGACAUUUGGACGGCUGCGCCAGUCUAAUGGAGGCCGUCGGCAUGAACGGCUUCGUAGGCGGUGUCGAGCAAGCUCUCUUCUGGUGCUUUGCCAGAAUGGAUGUCUGCGGCGGUCUGAUCUCGUCGGUGAAAACUCUGAUCCCGGUCAACCACUGGGCGUCGCAAAUCGACCUCGAGGCAGACGUCGGGUUGUUCCUCUCCCACCCCGGCCAUGAUAUGUGGGCGAACUAUGCAGUCUAUAUCUGCGCCCAGGUCCUUGACCUCUUGGCCCCACUGGCCAAGGCGAACCCGGGUGGACUAUUCUUUGACGGACCUAGGAAUGACAUGAGAUACCGAGUGCGGUGGAUGAAGCUAUGGAGAUACGUCGAGGACUGGCACAGCCGUCGGCCGUCCGAGAUGCAGCACAUCAUGUCGAUCCCCUCGUCCGACACGGAGCCCUUUCCCAAGAUACUGUACAGCAACCCGGCCGCGAUAUCGGGUAACCAACUAUACCACACGGCGUCUCUCCUCAUGUUACAGAACAGGCCAGCAUCGCUCCGGUUAUCCCCGAGACCUCGGUCAGCGCUCUGGCAUGCCAGGCAAAUAUGCGGAAUAUCAAUGACUAAUCACCACCACGGGGCCUGGACAAACAGCGUCCAGCCCCUUUGGAUUGCGGGACGUUGCAUGAGCCACCCCGCGGAGCAUCGUGCGAUACUACAGCUCCUGGAGAAGAUUGAAAAGGAGAGCGGAUGGGGCACCAAGUGGAGGGCAGAUGACCUGAAGGAGUUUUGGGGAGACUUGGGAGACGGUUAG